AUGUCGGUGUCUGCUGACACCCCCGAGACAGGCAAAUAUGCGACACAGAAUAUCGGCUUCAUCCCCGACUGGGAAAAGGCUGCCAGUCCAGUCAUUGACUACGCUCUCACACUCAAGAACGUGGAUCCCAAAUCCAUCGCCGUGUUGGGAUACUCCCUUGGAGGUUACCUCGCUACCCGAGUGGCUGCGUUCGACCAUCGCGUCGCAGCCGUUAUCGCCAUUGACGGUAUCUAUGACUAUGGCAAGACACUGACCGACAACCUUACCCCGGAACUCAUGGAGCUUUACAAAGGCGGCAAGAAGGACGAGUUCGACUACAUCCUCAAUACUCAUUUCCUCAACAACCAGAGCAUCCCCACCUCGGCGCGUUGGGCUCUGCAGCAGGGUCUGUGGUCGUUCAAGACCCAUAGUCUUUAUGAUUACUACAAGCUUUCCGAGGCCUACAACUUGAUUGGGUUGACGGACAAGGUCCAAGCCAAAGUCUUUGUCGGAGACGCCGAAAACGACAUUUAUUUCCCUGGUCAGGCCAAAGCCCUCGCGGCCCAUCUUGGCAACAAGGCCACGCUUUAUGAAUUCAAGGCCAACGAAGGUGCUGGAGCCCAUUGUGCGGUGGGCGCAAAUAUUUUUUUGACCCAGGUGAUUCUUGACUGGUUUGAUGGUGUUUUGAAGAACAAGAAUGGAAAAUAG